GUUGGUCGAGAGCUUUAUGGAGCGGCACUGGCUACUGGCCAUAUCGCGAUUGCCGUGAGGACCUUUACGGUCUUCAACAGCUCGCGAUAGCCAGCCCAGCAUGCCGGAGCGCGACGAUGACCACACCAGGUCUACUUCGCUCCAGGCGAGCCAGCCGCAUGCGAUUGUCCCGAGUCGGCACCCAUACCUGGACGAUUCGAGAAAGCUAUGGAUAAAGAAGUAUCGCACGGAGAUUGCAGCCAGCACGAGCAGUCUGCUGUCGACGUUUAUGACCUAUCCUUUGGACUCGGUCAAAACUCGAAUGCAAACUUACCAAUUCAGCUCCCUCCUCGACUGCAUUCAGCACACCUAUCGAACAGAAGGGUUCCAUGGCUUUUGGAGAGGAGUUUGGUCGCCCCUGGCGAGUAUAACACUCGUACGAACGCUAUCCUUCUCGAUAUACCAGAAAGCGAAAUACACCUACGAUGACUGGAUCUACCAAGCGACCGGAAAUUCCCCGCUGGUCGUCGCAAACACCAGAGGAGCCCUUCCGUCGCUGUCCACGGCAUUGUGCUUUGGAGGAGCAGGUGCCACAGCUGGCGCGAUGAUUACGACAAUAGCAUGCCCUUUUGAGUUGACAAAAUUGAGCGCCCAGCUCUCUGUUCUGAUGGCGAACCGGAACGAGGGAAGCAAAGUAAUCGACUCCCUCAGCCAGAGAUACCAACAGAUGGGAACCCUUCGAACGGCACAUGCACUCAUCAAGCAUAGAGGGAUGGCGGCAUUGUAUGCAGGCUUUCACUACCAUCUGCUCCGCGACACGAUAGGCACCGGUGUGUAUUUUAUGACGUAUGAGAGUGCCAAACAGCUUCUGGCAAACGCGAGAGGCAAUUCGCCGACCUCCCCAGCAGCAGUGGUCACUGCCGGUGGACUUUGCGGCCUCGCUAGUUGGGCAUGUAUAUAUCCGAUUGAUUCCGCCAAAAGUAUAUACCAGCGAAAUUGCUUGACUGGCGGGAAAGGGGAGACCACUAGGACCAAAAUCGAAUUCUUCAACAGGCGAAUGUAUCGAGGUCUUACCGUUUCCAUGGGUCGUUCGUGUGUCGUCAAUGCCAUCUUCUUCUCCGCGUUCGAGUUCACCAAGAAGAAGAUCAACCAGCUGGAAGUCGAUGAUCCCGAUUUUCAAUCAUGACCGUCUAAAAAAAACCUUGCAUCUCCGGCGUUUAGGGACCGAUUUAAGGCACUCGACAUCGCAUUUGGCAUGGUAAUGAUUCUUGCCGACACCGUUAGCCUGGCCUUUCACAGUGUAUAUAUUUUCUCUUC